UUUUUUAAAUAAUUGUUGACUAGUGUUUUUUACAUCGUCUUCAAAGUUUAAGACUAGGGGUAAAAUUAUUUUGCUUUCAUUAACGUGAGUGCAAAUUUUGUGAGUUGGCAGGGUUUAUAAAUGCCUCGUGAAAUGGCCCAAGCAUUUAUUGCUGCAUAACAUCGUCCAGCAUCAACAACAAAAGUAAAAAAGCGUUUCUGCAAAACAUUUAUAUUUUGCUCAAUAAUGAUUAUUCACAUAUCCUUUACAUUUUUAAUUAUUAUAAUUUCAUUAUUUCUGUAUACGGGAAAGACUCAAGGAAACUCGAUUCAAAAUGAAAGAGACGCGACCGAUACUAAUUUGAAGCAUUCACAAUUUUUUUCUGAUAUUCAGCAGUUUGAGAACUUUGACCCUAAUUUAAUUUUGAAUCGCAGUUUCAAUGAAAUCCGAAAACGUAGAUCAAAAAACAAACGGCAAAAUGCAUCUGCAGGUGCUCAUAUACCAAAAUCUGCUCGAAAUUCAAAAAAUAUAAUUUUCACUACACCUGCAAAUCAACAGAUGAGGUCCAAGAAUAACAAAGACGUGAGGAUAUAUGAAACGUUUGAAGAAAUUCACGAGCAUGUAAAUGAGCCUGACGAUCGCGACCCAGACCCCCAGCCCUCUAACCACCACAAGAGUCACGAUGAACUUGUUGGUGGAGUAGAAAUCAGUGAAAAGAAGAAACAUGAUAUACCUAUCAAAAUUAAAGUGAAACAUCAUCAUCAUCAUCAUCAUCAUAAUCAUAUUAAAGAAGUGAUUAAGACCGUACCAAAACCGUAUCCUGUGGAAAAAAUUGUGCAUAUUCCAAUUGAAAAAAUAGUGGAAAAAAUUGUCCAAGUUCCAAAAAUUGUUAAUGUAACGGUUGAAAAAAUAAUACAUGUUCCUGUCGAAAAGGUUAUUGAAAAAAUUGUUCGAGUUCCCAAACCCGUUCAUAUUCUAAAGCCAUACGUAGUUGAGAAAAUUACGGAAAAAAUUGUACAUGUGCCGAAACCGUACCCAGUACUAAAAACAGUUCCAUAUCCAGUUGAAAUCAAAGUACCCGUAACUGUUGAAAAGAAAAUUCCUGUACCCUAUACCGUAGAGGUUGAACGAAAGGUGCCAGUAUAUAUUAAGUCCCAAGAACCAUACAAAUUUGAGCAAAGAUCUAAUAAUUUUGAUGAGAAGCAUACACACUUUAAAGAAACGUCUAACUCUCCAGUUUAUUCAUAUGAAAACUACAAUAAUAACCAUAAGCUCAGCCAAUCCAAGCAAAUGGAUUUACCGAUGAGUACUCAAUAUCAUACCUAUAACGAAGCCAUAGAUCAGCAUCCGGCAACCAUAGAUAGCUCACAACAUAUCAGACAAUUGGAACAAUCAACAGCCGAAAGUACACUUCUUCCUAUAAAAUUUCUGGAGACGAAGACUCCAUUUAACCUUUUUGUCGCUAAUAAUGACACAUCAUUUGAUGUAAAUCCUCAAACAUUCUCCAAUAAAUUACAAGAAUUACCAUUUUCAUUUCCCAUUGAGUUUAUUCAAGUACAUCCAAUGCCAUUUCAAAAUCCUAUUGGAUUGGAAUCAUCUGUAUCCCAACAAUCGCUUAAAAUUACUUAAUGCGAACCAAAUUUAAAGUCUUUUCUUUCUUUUCUUAUCAAGAAAUUUAGUUUAAAUUACUUAAGAAUACAAAGCUGUUCAUUCGUGUUCAUUGUUAUAUAUAGUCUAAGAAGGAACCAAUAAAAGAACUGAUCAAAUAAACUUAAUUUUAA